AUGGAUUCCCUAUACAAAGCCAUUGGUUUCCUCCUUUUGGUGGUAAUCGGAAUACCUGGAAAUACUUUCAUUCUAUUACAAUUCUCCUACUGCAAGAUUUUUGAGAAGAAACUGCUGACAACAAAUUUAAUUUUAAUGGUUUUGGCUUUAGCUAACUUCCUCGUUGUCCUCUCUCGUGUCAUCCCACAGUCACUGAAUGCCAUAGGGCUAGAUAACUUAUUAGAUGACAUAGAAUGCAAGUUUGUUAUAUUUACUUUCAGAGUGAGUAGGGCUAUGUCUAUUUGUGUCACAAGUUUGCUAAGCUGUCACCAGUGUAUCCUCAUAGCUCCAAACAAGAGGCUCUGUAUUUACCUCAAACAAAGGGUAGCUCAAAAUAUGGUUGUGAUACUACUUGCUUUGUGGAUACUAAACAUCGUUAUUUAUCCUUACAGUGUCCUACAAACCCGAACAAGAAGAAAUAGGACAACUUCACCCUAUACUUUACACUUGAUUUAUUGUGAUGUAGACUUUUUGGGAUACAUGGCAUAUAUUGUUAAUGGGUCAAUUUAUGCAGUCAGAGAUUUCAUUUUUGUGGGUUUGAUGACUCUAGCAAGCAUUUACAUUGUGAUUUUGCUUCUUCGACAUGAAAAAUCUGUAAUGGGCAUACGAAGUUCUGACAGAAGAAAUGGGAGGACUGUGGAGUACAAGGCUUCAAGAGCUGUUAUCAUGUUGGUUGCCCUGUAUGUUGUGUUAUAUGGGUUGGAUAACUCAAUGUGGAUCUAUACCCUGACUCUCUCCAAUGUAAAUUCUGAUAUCAAUGACCUUAGAAUUUUCUUAUCAUCUGCAUAUUCUACUCUGAGUCCCAUAGUUGUCAUAGCAACCAACCCUAAACUUCAGCAGAGAUUUAGGAGUUUGUAUAAAAAAAUGUUGCUGUCUCUAACAUUUCAAAACAGCUCACAACGUGAUUGCAACGUGUCUACAAUAUCUUAA